AUUUAAACUCCUGGAGCCGUUAAGUUGGUUCGUACUCUAAUGAGCGCGCAGCCGGGGUGGUGGCGGAGUGCGCAUGCGUGGUUUGGGGGCGAGAGGAACGCGCUCCAGCAGUGCGCGCUCGCGGCGAAGUGCUAGUGGUAGAGGAGAAAGGGGUCGGCGCACGCGCGGUUGAUUCCUCGAGUUCGGGUCUCGCGGGCAUCUUGUUUUGGUCUCGCGGGCGAGUGGGGCGCGCUUUCGGGGAGGUGUUUGGGCGCGAGACUAGGCGAGAAAAGCAGGGCUGCGCGCGCACUCGGGAAAGGGGGGAAGGGAGCGGGGUCUAGGAAGAGGAGUUAAGCCCCCUGAUCCCCUCGUUACCCUCGACUGGGACGGAAUAAGGGGAGGAAAUGAUCGAGAUGGCGGCGGAGAAGGAGCCUUUUCUGGUGCCGGCCCCGCCGCCGCCUCUCAAAGAUGAGUCGGGUGGAGGGGGCGGCCCCACGGUGCCACCGCACCGAGAGGCCGCCUCCGGGGAGCUCCGCGGCGAGACGGAGCGUGGGCCGGGCCCUCGCGCACGCUCGGCGGGAGCCCCGGCUUCUGGGGCCAGCAGGGAGAGCCCCGGGGCCACAUCCACCCCUCGAGGCGGCUCGGCGCAGCAGCACCGAGGGGGCGGCCCCCAGGCGCAGUCGCACGGAGAGGCCCGCUUGUCGGAUCCCCACGGGCGAGCCGCUCCCCCGGACGUGGGGGAGGAGCGACGGGGAGGGGGCGGAACAGAACUGGGCCCCCCUGCCCCUCCUAGACCCCGUAAUGGCUAUCAGCCCCACCGGCCCCCUGGGGGGGGCGGGGGUAAGAGGAGAAAUAGCUGUAAUGUAGGGGGAGGUGGUGGAGGCUUCAAACAUCCGGCCUUCAAGAGGCGCAGACGGGUUAAUUCGGACUGUGAUUCUGUAUUACCUUCCAACUUCCUCCUGGGGGGCAAUAUCUUUGAUCCACUGAACCUGAAUAGUCUCCUGGAUGAGGAAGUGAGCCGAGCACUUAAUGCGGAGACCCCUAAGUCAUCCCCACUUCCGGCCAAGGGGCGAGAUCCAGUGGAGAUCCUCAUCCCCAAAGAUAUUACUGACCCGCUCAGUCUCAAUACUUGCACUGAUGAGGCCCAAGUAAUUCUUGCAUCGCCACUCAAGACUGGUCGCAAGCGGCAUAGACACCGGGGACAGCACCACCAGCAGCAGCAGGCAACUGGAGGGAAUGAUAGCCACUCCGUGCUGUCCACAGCCCCCCUCACUCCCUCACUCCACGGGGAGGGCACCACACAGCAGCAGCGGCACAGGGGCCAGAACCGGGAUGCCCCCCAACCCUAUGAACUCAACACAGCCAUCAACUGCAGGGAUGAGGUCGUGUCUCCCCUUCCAUCUGCCCUGCAGGGUCCCUCAGGCCCCCUUUCAGCCCCUCCAGCUGCCUCAGUUACCUCUGCACCCCCGUCUUCCUCCUCACGACAUCGAAAACGUCGCAGGACUUCCAGCAAGUCGGAGGCAGGGGCUAGGGGUGGAGUCCAGGGUCCAAAGGAAAAGGGCCGAGGGAGUGGGGGAGGCCGCCACCACCACCACCCACUACCUGUAGCAGGCUUCAAAAAGCAGCAGCGCAAGUUCCAGUAUGGGAAUUACUGCAAGUACUAUGGGUACCGCAAUCCUUCCUGUGAGGAUGGGCGCCUUCGGGUGUUCAAGCCUGAGUGGUUUCAGGGCCGGGACGUCCUAGAUCUGGGCUGCAAUGUGGGCCAUCUGACCCUGAGCAUUGCCUGCAAGUGGGGCCCGUCCCGCAUGGUGGGCCUGGAUAUCGAUGCCCGUCUCAUCCACUCGGCCCGCCAAAACAUCCGACACUACCUGUCCGAGGAACUGCGUCUCCCACCCCAGACUUCUGAGGGCGACCCAGGGGCAGAGGGUGAGGGAAGGAGCACCACCGUCAGAAAGAGGAGCUGUUUUCCGGCCUCACUGACAGCCAGCCGGGGUCCCAUCGCUGCACCCCAAGUGCCCUUGGAUGGAGCGGACACAUCAGUCUUCCCCAACAAUGUUGUCUUCGUCACGGGUAACUAUGUCCUGGAUCGAGAUGAGCUGGUGGAGGCCCAAACACCCGAGUAUGAUGUGGUGCUCUGCCUCAGCCUCACCAAGUGGGUACAUCUGAACUGGGGAGAUGAGGGCCUGAAGCGCAUGUUUCGCCGGAUCUAUCGGCACCUGCGACCUGGGGGCAUCCUGGUCUUGGAGCCCCAACCCUGGUCAUCCUAUGGCAAAAGAAAGACACUCACGGAAACAAUCUACAAGAACUACUAUCGAAUCCAGCUGAAGCCAGAGCAGUUCACUUCCUACCUGACAUCUCCAGAGGUGGGCUUCUCCAGCUAUGAGCUAGUGGCCACACCCCACACCUCCUCCAAAGGCUUCCAGCGUCCUGUGUACCUGUUCCACAAGGCCCGUUCCCCCAGCCACUAAGUGGCCCCCUGAACAGAAAGUGUGAAGAGGCUGCUCUUGUUACUCCAAGGACCUGGGGGAAGAGGAAAACAUCCCAAGGUCUUUCCUUUCUGACUCCAGAAAUCGUUUCCUUUCUUGGAUCUGCAAAGAAAGCUUUUCUUAUGUUGCUGCCCCAGGCUCCUCUCUACACCUCUGGCACCUAAGCAGCAAGCCCAGCUGUGCUGGAGUUACCAUCAUCUUCCUCUCCCCCAGCCUAGUGGGCUGGAUGGCAUGGACUGUUUGGUGACCUCUGUUCUCCUAGGGUAUGGGAGGUGGGGGGUGUCAUUCUCAAGUUCUCUAACCCUUUCCUCCUGUUCUCCCAAGGAGAGAGAUUCCCAUUUCUCCUCAGCCCUUGUCCCUAGCUGCAUUUCAAUGGACCACGGAUAAAUGAACUGAGGGUUAGUGGGGGAAGCAUGGCAGCAAGGCACACAGGUACUGUGAAAAUCUUCCCUCUGCUGUCCCCCAGUGGGAGAGGGGUUGGGUUUUGAAUGUGAGAACAGCACAAUAAACUUGAUGUCUAGGGCAGUGGCCCCCA